UUAUACCACCAUAGUGACGGACAAGAACACGGAAGGAAGUGUUUUGCUCUAAGUGCCGGUGACUGCGUGUGAGCUUUAUUUAUUCAGCGCCGAUGGACUGAAUCAUUCGCUGAAUAUAACCAGCAAUCGAAACAUAAAUAGGCGAGUGGAGAGAUGUGGUGAGAUCGAUCAUGUUAUACUUACAUAGCCUCUGUGUACGUUUUUAAACUUUACUGCACUUCUUACUAUGGUAGCUAUGCUAACUGUUUAGCUACGAGAAUUACACAGCAGUCCGUCUGUCUAGUUAAAAUUGUUGUUUUUUUUUUGUUUUUUCGGCAGACAAAAUUAAUUUCUUAUUAUUCUUAUUCUCAACUACUCAUGUUUAUUCAGAUCAGAUUCGCCACAGCUUUAUAGAUUUAUGUCUACUUAUGUCACAGGAUUACUCCAAUCUGGAGCAUCCAGAACAUCUUGUUGGCUUUAUAGGACACUUGUUACUUGUUUUUUCUUCACAAUGACAAUCUGCUCCGUUUAGCUCAGCUCUCAGUGUUCAGAGAGAAAAGGAGGUUAUUGUUACACCAUGUCUGCCUCCCAGAACUCAUGUGAAACCCAUAAGAACAGCAUUGAUUGCAGGACUAAUGGAGGUAUAGCACAGGAGAACUCAGACGGUGCUGAUCAUCAGUCUUUAUCAGUUUCACGGUUACUUUUAGUUAGGAAAAAGAAAAUAGUCCUUCAUAUUGAUCUGAACAACACAAUCCUGGUUUCUGAUGCUGUUACAAAACAAGGGACUGUAGCUGCUCUUGAGUAUUUUUUGUCCACUGUGACCUGGGGACGGAUGUCAAAAGGAAAAUGGGAGUGGAUGUGUGAGUCGCCAUCUCUCCUCCCACCGUGCAAGGAUGCUGUGAGUUACUACUCUCAGUUUGGUAGAGUAGUAGGUUUCGCCACGGUUGGGCCAGGCAAGCGUUUCCGGAAGUUUCUUGAGGAGCAUCUCAACCUGCUGCGGUGGCCUUCUGACCUGCCUGCACACAAGGAGCUUUCUGUAAAAGGAGAAGAUGGAAAGCUGUACCACUGGAUUCUGCCCUCUUUCUUCCAGCUCUUGCAGGAUCUGGCCUCAGAAGGGAUUGAGUUUUCUAUCUUCUUCCGUACGUUCGGCACAGACCUUCCACGUCUGUUAAAGGUUGUUCGACAGAUCCUUGAGCACGGCACCCAUCCACUCUUCUCUGUGCUUCCAGAGCUGAAGCUAAGCGUGGACACAACACCAGGGCAGAUCAGAUGCAACACGAAGGGUGUGACUCUGAUUCAUGGAGAUUUGCGCAUAUCCACACAGGACGGGGAACGCAAUCUGUACAGAUUCUUAAGCUCCUCACAGGGUCUGGGUGGCUUCCAGGACCACUUCAACUGGUGGGCACAAAACGCAUACUCCAUUAUGGGAGGAAAGCCACUGUGGAUCGACCCAUUUGACUCCACAGUCCAACAUAUCUUUAUAGAUGACAACAUCCGCCAAAACAAUGAUGACACUAUUGUGCACCCUAAGGUAUUUCUGGACCGUGAGAGCUCAGAGACCCGCACAGCCUCCACUUCAGAACUCUAUGACCUGUGUCUGAUUCAGACGGACCUCCUCAGGGCCAUUUCUGAACCCAGCUACUUCACCCAGCGUAUUCUGAUCUGCAUGGAGAACUAUGAGAGGAACCUUAGGCAACAACUCUGAUAAAUUGCACAUAUUUCCUUCCAGGAGAAUCAGUACUAAGUUCACCUGAAUGUUCUGCACUAAACAAAUUUUAUUGAUUAACAAUUCCGGAAGAAUCAUCUUCAUGCAUUAAUCAUACAGUCAUGCAUUGGGGCAUGUUUUCAUUAUUGAAAAGCUCUGUAUAUAUAUAUAUAUUGGUUAAAAUUGCUCAUAUCUGCUAAUGAUCACUGAUGUGCAUUAGCACCAUCUGUGGGUCACCUUAAAAAAAACGUUUCUGAAAAAAUGUAAACGCCUGUUCACAUUUUAAUGCCCCAAUAGUAGAAAGUCUCCAGUUGGCGAGCACCUUUUUUCCAUUAACUUUAGCUUAUAACACAAACAUGGUUUCAGCACAGUGCAUGAGGUCAGUUGGGACAAAACAGUAGACACACACACUAGCAGCUAAAACUUGACAUGCAGCAAUUAAAUUUACAUUCACUGACCACUUUAUCAGGAACAACAGUACAACUAUUUAUUCGUGCAGUUAUCUGUUUAGACGAUCAUGUGGCAGCAAUGAUCUCAGUGAUUAUGACUGAGCAAUGAUUGUUUUUGCCAGAUGGGUUGGUUUGAGUUUUUCUGUAACUGCUGGAAUCCUCUUUUUUUCUAUUUGGGAUUUGGUAGAAUGGGAGAUUCGGAGCAUUAAAAUACACCUGAAUAAUCUGCAGGAAUUUCUAGACAUAUUAGCAUAAAAAUAUAGUUCCUAAUAAAUGCUCAGGGGGUGUAUAUGAGUGUAUACCCACACAACACAGAGACGUAAUUCUGAUGACAGGGGCAUAAUGGAAAACCUAGACAGAAUACUGCUGUGAGAGACAGCAGAAGAGAAAAUAUAGAAGAAUAUAGAUGCGAUAUUAGCUUGUAUAUUCAAGCACCAAAAUAAAUAAUACAAUAUUUGAUCAAAAACAUGAAAUUAUUCAGUUCUGUGCAGUUAAUGCAACAUGUCUUUCUACGCGUCUUCUCUUUAGAGAAGCUGUUCCUGCCAUUAUAUUGCUCAGGGAUUAGGUUACUGGAUAUCAUUGUAUGUUUGGUACAUUAUAUUUACGUUUGAUCAUUAUGAACAUUCUUGAGUUUUUGUACUGUUUUACAGACAACAGUACAUUGGGUUUUACACGUGGCUACAAAAUGGUACAUUGUAGUAUUUUGAGCAACUGUAUUGUUAAGUGCUUUGUUUAGAAGUACAUGUAUUUAUUUUCUUCUUCUUUUGGUUGCUCCCUGUACAUAUGUUACCCAUUUGAAACAUUUGGAGGUCAAAUAAUGCCAAUGAAGGGUGUAUUACUUAUGCUACUGAAAUCAGACAUGGCAUUAUAAUUACUUAUGCAUUUACUUAUUUUCAUUUUAUAUUGGUGAUAUAAAUGCUAUUGAAUAUUCAUUAUUUGCAAGGUUUCAGUGGUUAUUCUUGUUGUUUGCUUUUCUCCCUGUUAUUAAACUUAUCUGAAUAACUAACA